AUGAAAAUCUUCGAUCGUCUUCGCAAGAUCUUGAUGCGGGUCAUUUUUUCCCUCCGAAGUUCUCGAGGGUCGGGCGGGGUUCCAGUGGCGGUGAUGCGGAGAUCGUGCGACAGGCCUGACCCUCCAAAGACUUCAUGCAGCUCUUAUUAUUCUUCGAGUUCGCAUUAUAAUGAGGCAAUUGCUGAUUGUAUUGAGUUCUUUAACAAGUCAUCGCAGGAUGGAGUCCUAUUUAGUGAAAGAAAGUCUGAUGUUAUGAUUAGAAGACAAGAUUGCUCUUUUAAGACAAAAUUGAUAAGACCAAAUUGA